AUGACUGCGACGAGUCCGGAUGCGAAGAGGGUGAAGAGGGAGGGGGAUGAGAGGGGUGAGGUGAAGGAUGAGGUGAGGGACGUGCAGGGGGAAUGGAAGAGAGUGGAUAAGCAGGAGGAGGUGGUGGCGAAGAAGGAAGAUGCAGAUGCGGAUGGAGAUGCGCAGGAUGAUUUGGAUGCGCUGGAGGGGUUGGAGAGUGAGGCGAAGGAGUUUAUGAAGGACUCUGAAAUCGACAGGAUAUUAAAAGCUUUCCGUUUAGAUGCCUACGCAGUCCUCGAUCUCCAACCCGGUGUCGGCGAAUCAGAUAUAAAAAAAUGUUACCGUGUAAAAUCCCUCCUCAUCCAUCCAGAUAAAACGCGCAAUCCUCUCGCUCCAGAUGCAUUCGAUCGAUUAAAAAAAGCACAAACAGAAUUAAUGGAUGAGAAACAUCGAGAAAGAUUAGACGAAGCGAUUGCCGAUGCGCGAAUGCUGGUGAUGCGUGAAAAGGGAUUGAAUAGAGAUAGUGCGGAGGUGAAAGAACCGAGUGAGGAAUUUAGGAGGGAGUGGAGAGAGAAGACUAAAUUUGUGUUGAUUGAGAAUGAGCAGAGGAGGAGGAGACAGGUGAAGGCGCAGAUGCAGGAGGAGGGAAGGGAGCAGAAGAGAGUGGAGGAGGAGAGGGAGGAGAGAAAGAGAAAGAGGGAUAGUGAGGUUAAAUGGGAAGAGAGUAGAGAGGAGAGAAUCGGAAGUUGGAGGGAAUUUGCGAAGAAGGGUGGUGGAGCGGGGGAAAAGAAGAAAAAGAAGAAGGUUAAGCCUUUGGGUUAGGGGGUUUCUUUUGGUGUGAGGAUCUGGGAUAGGAGCUAAUUUUAUAAAUGCAAGUUGGAAGGACGGAUAGAGGAAAUUCCUGGGUGGGAGUAAUCAUUAUGAAAUGAUUGGGAUAUCUAUUAUCCAUUCUAUUCCGUAUUGGAAGAGACUAUAAGUCAUUUCUGACCAAAGUCAUAUCAUCAUUUCAGUCAAAUAUUCAUAUCAAACAGAAACCACCAUCAC